UCAGCCACUAGAUGGCAGCAGACGUGCAGUCAUUCCCAUUGGCUAUAUGCACGAUGAACGUUUGUUUACACUUGUUGCAAUGGCGACCAUUACUGAGCUGAAGUGUGCCGUGAGGGAAACGCUGGAGUCCCGCGGUGUGCUGGGCCAGCUGAAGGCUCGUAUCCGGGCAGAGGUGUUCAGCGCCCUGGAUGACCAGCGUGAACCUCGUCCGCCGCUGUCCCACGAAAACCUGCUCAUCAACGAGCUCAUCCGGGAGUACCUGGAGUUCAACAAGUACAGGUACACUGCGUCAGUACUGACAGCAGAGUCAGGCCAACCAGAAGUUCCCUUGGACAGACAGUUCCUGGCGAACGAGCUGAGAGUCACAGAGGAUACAAGCUCCAAGUCUGUACCUCUUCUGUAUGGCUUGGUGUCCCACUUCAUGAACAGCAGUGAUGAUGGAGGGAAGGUGUUUCUGCGGGGUGCCUCUCUGCCAGCUGGUCCCACUGCCAGCAACACAGUACCUGGACCUGAUGCCUAAAAGAUGAUGCUGCACUGGAUACACAUUGUGAACAAAAAAGAUGCGCUGACACUUUAAUGGAUUACAUGAAAUCGUACAGCAUCUUUUUGGAUUCCAUUGAAAUAAGCUGGAGCUCACCACAACGUUUGUGUUUUUUACUUGAGUUUAUGGGCAGUAUAUGAAUCCUUCUGAGCUGAUAAAAAUGCAGAAAGCCUUCGUAUUGUUUCUGUACACUGCCAAAUGAUCCCAGGUUGCCUUUUUAUGUUUAAGUUCUAAUAUCUGGCUUUUAAAAGUGAGUUAAGCAUCAGUUGGAGUUGUACUGUUUGUAGUAAUCCUGUCCUGAGUGGCGAAUUUCUUGAUCUCAGAAUAAUAACUGUUUUAGAUAGAUUACAUUCUUUGAUGUCUUUUCUGUUUGAAUUUACAAAUGUUUGAUGCUUUAUUCUGUCUUUUAGAUAUUGAAAAUAAAAGUUUUAUAUUUAUACACCACUUAAAGAGG